AUUUAGUCAAUGAUAAAAUUAUUCUCUCUGUUAGAGAUAACACGCUGAGAUCACCACUUCAGUUCUCUAUCAACUAGGAAAAUGGCAACUUUCACGUGGAGAUUUUUAUUGAAAUGCAGUCGAUUUUCUUGUGAAACUUCAUUGAGACAGGUCUCAAAGACGGCUGGAAUCAGAAGAAAAUCUACGUUCAGUUGGGAAGAUCCAUUCCAUCUUGAGUCUCAGCUCACGCAGGAUGAGAUCCUGGUCAGGGAUCAGUUUCGAUCUUACUGUCGCGAGAAACUCUUGCCUCGUGUACUCGAGGCAAAUCGUAAAGAAAUCUUCCACAAAGAGAUUAUGAGGGAAAUGGGUCAAUUGGGCGUUCUGGGCUGUACUAUGAAGGGUUAUGGCGCAGCUGGUGUUUCCUCUGUAGCCUAUGGACUCUUAGCGAAAGAAAUCGAGGCCGUGGAUAGCGGAUACAGAUCUGCUUUAUCGGUACAAUCUUCUUUGGUUGCUGGCGCCAUUUAUACUCACGGAGAUGAGACACAAAAGCAACGAUUCUUGCCGAAAUUGGUGUCUGGUGAAUUAAUCGGUUGUUUCGGUUUAACUGAGCCUAACUAUGGAAGUGAUCCAGGUUCCAUGGUGACCAAGGCAACUUAUGAUUCUGACAGGAAGGUUUAUAAACUUAACGGAAGUAAAACAUGGAUCACAAAUUCACCGAUCGCCGAUAUACUAAUCAUUUGGGCCAAAUGCGAAGAUGGUGUCAUUCGAGGAUUCAUCGUUGAGAGAAAGGGCAACGAGAAUCGUCUAUCUACUCCAAAAAUCGAAGGUAAAUUUUCAUUAAGAGCCUCUGUCACUGGCAUGAUCCUGAUGGACAACGUGGAGGUACCUUCGGAGAAUCUACUAUUAAACGCUCAAGGUCUCAAAGGACCAUUCACUUGUUUGAAUAAUGCUCGAUAUGGAAUCGCAUGGGGAGCCUUGGGUGCUGCUGAAACUUGUUUAAAUAUCGCCAGAUCGUAUACUCUGGAAAGGAAGCAAUUUAAUAGGCCACUGGCGGCUAAUCAAUUAGUGCAGAAAAAGCUGUCCGACAUGAUGUGCGACAUUGCAUUUGGUCUUCAGGCUUGUCUGAGGGUAGGCAGGUUGAAGGACGAGGGCAAAGCCUCACCUGAAAUGAUUUCCAUGAUAAAGAAGAAUUCAGCUAUGAAGGCUCUGGAAAUCGCGAGACUUGCCAGAGACUUAUUAGGUGGCAAUGGAAUAUCAGAUGAGUAUCAUGUCAUUAGACACGUAAUGAAUCUGGAAAGCGUUGUUACCUAUGAAGGUACGGGCGAUAUCCAUAGUUUGAUACUCGGUAGAGCUAUUACUGGUAUACAAGCAUUUUCUGCGUAAAUCAGAAUA